AUGACCCUAAUCGGCCUUGUGGGCAUGCUCGACCCUCCCCGGCCCGAAGUCGCCGCCUCCAUCCGAAAAUGUCGUGAAGCUGGCAUUCGCGUCGUCGUCAUAACAGGCGACAACAAAAGCACUGCUGAAUCCAUCUGUCGCCAAAUCGGCAUUUUCAGCCCCGAUGAAAAGGACCUUCGCGGAAAGUCGUUCACGGGCAGGGAAUUCGAUGCCCUAAGCGAAAAGGACAAGAUUAGAGCCGCUACAACCGCCUCGCUCUUCUCUCGUACUGAACCAACGCAUAAAUCUAAGCUGGUCGACAUAUUACAGUCGCAGGGUCACGUGGUUGCCAUGACGGGCGAUGGAGUCAAUGAUGCGCCGGCCCUGAAGAAAGCGGACAUUGGCAUCGCCAUGGGUUCUGGCACAGAUGUCGCCAAGCUAGCCGCCGAUAUGGUUCUAGCUGAUGAUAACUUUGCCACCAUUGAGAUUGCAGUUGAGGAAGGAAGGACCAUCUACAGCAACACGCAGCAGUUCAUUCGCUACCUCAUCUCCUCGAAUAUUGGUGAGGUGGUGUCGAUUUUCCUCACUGCCGCACUGGGGAUGCCGGAGGCGUUGAUCCCCGUGCAGCUGUUGUGGGUUAAUCUUGUUACGGAUGGGCUGCCGGCGACGGCGUUGUCGUUUAACCCGCCUGAUGGUGAUGUGAUGAAGAGACCGCCCAGGAGGAAGGGUGAGGCGCUCGUGGGUGGCUGGCUGUUUUUCAGAUAUAUGGUUAUCGGCAUUUAUGUAGGAGUUGCGACUGUGUUCGGGUAUGCGUGGUGGUUUAUGUUUAAUCCUGCAGGGCCCCAGAUUUCGUUCUGGCAGCUGACACACUUCCACAAAUGCGCUACCCAAUUCCCCUCCAUCGGUUGUGAAAUGUUCACAAACGACAUGUCCAAGUCCGCCUCGACAAUCUCCCUCUCCAUCCUCGUCGUCAUCGAAAUGCUCAACGCCAUGAACUCACUCUCUUCCUCCGAAUCCCUCCUCACCUUCUCACUUUGGAAUAACAUGAUGCUCGUCUACGCCGUCAUACUGUCCAUGGUGUUGCAUUUUGCGAUCCUCUACGUGCCAUUUUUGCAAGGAUUAUUUUCGAUUCUGCCGCUUGAUAGGCAGGAGUGGAUUGCCGUGUUGACUAUUUCGGCUCCGGUUAUUAUUAUUGAUGAAGCGUUAAAGUUUUUGGAGAGAAGGUUGGUUGAGAAGAGGGCUAGGGUUGAUGCGGCUUCGCCGUCAUCGCCAGCGCCGGCAGGGCAGUAUCAGAAUGGAGUGGCGAAGGUGAAAGCCUUGUGA